GUUCGGCAGCAGUUCGAACUGCUGAGGCAGGAGUUCGCGGCGCAGAUGAGCCAGGCCGCCGACGAGAUGAGGAGGCUGGAGAGCGAGAAUCAUCGGCUUCAGCAGCAAGUGGCGGGAGGCCUCGCGGCAAUCCCGCAGGCGAUCGAGCGGAUGGGCGAGCAGAUCCGAGGCGCAUCGAGCAUGGGCACAGCCGCUCACGGUCUCGUCGACACGAAAGGGAUUGGCAAGCCCACGACGAUGGGCGACGACCAGGAGAAGUUCGGCGCCUGGAACCGCAAGAUGGAGAACUACGUGAUCGGCGUGUACGGGGAGAGUUUUCGUCCCGUUCUUCGGUGGGCUGCAGAAGCCGAACGCCCCGUGACGAUCGCAGGGGCUCAAGCGGCGCACGAUGGAGUGCCAGAGCUGGAGACAAAGGUCAACCAGCUGUACGCGGCGCUGAUCAGCACGACCGCGGACGGGAGCGAGAGCAACGACCUCGUGACUGGCGCUCCCGAUGGGAACGGUCUCGAAGCCUGGCGGAAGCUCCACCGCAGGUGGGAUCCGACGACAGGUCCGAGAAAGAGGCUGAUCCUGAGGUCGAUCAUCUCGCCUCCGAAGUGCAGCGCGGACGAGCUGGGAUCCGCCUUAGAGAAGUGGAUCCAGCAGAUAGGGAGGUACGAACGCCGCCAAGGAGAAGAUGGUCUAGCCGAGCUGCCGGAGGAUAUCAAGAUGGCGGCUCUCGAGAUGCUCGUGCCUCAGGACAUCGAGAAUCACCUCGUCCUCAACAAGCAUCGGCUCGACACGUUCCAGGACAGUCUGAACGAGGUGAUGACGAUCGUGGAGGCUCGGACCGGCGUGAAGAUCAAGGAGCCGUCGAUUCGCGCGAGGGUUCAUCAUCCGGACGACAUGGACGUCGGGUCGUUCGGAGCCCCGAAGGGCAAAGGCAAAGGCAAGGGCAAGGACGGCAAGAGCAAAGGGAAAGGCAAGACUCAGGAUCCGAAGGGGAAGAGCAAAUCGACGAACGGAUCGUACUCAGCCGGUAGCCGCGGCGGCAAGGCCGGCGGCAAGGCUGCAGGCAGCCUGGAGGAGGAGCCUGAAGCGGAGGUCGCCGCUCUGGACAUGGGCAGCCUGGACUGCCUGGAGCUCGCCAGCGGCAGCGGCCGCGGCGUAGCGGCGGUCGAUCUCUCCCCCUUCGCGCAGGACGACUGGAUGAAGUUCAACUGGGACAGCGGUGCAGCUAUCUCAGCAUUCCCUCGGAGCUUCGCGCCGCCGACGGGAAUGAAGGGCAACGGCAGCACGUAUCGCACGGCCAGUGGUGAGCUCGUCCCGGACGAGGGCAGCUUGCAGCUCAAGGCGGAGGACGAGUACGGAGUGCUACGAGCGCUCAAGGGACGCGUGACGAACGUGCACAAGCCGUUGAUCUCGGUGGGGCAGGCAGCAGGAGCUGGACAGUGUUCAUUCCUGGGCCGCAAUGGCGGCUGGAUAUUCCACGAGAAGAGCCCAAUCGGCAAGCGCGUGGUAGGCAUGCUCGAGAAGGAGGCGAAGGCGGCGAAGCACCAGAUGCUGCCGGUCUAUCGCGAGCAGGGCGUCUACAACUUCUACCUCAAGAAGGGCCAACAUGGCUCGGUUGCUCCUCUCGAGGAGGGACUUUCGGCAAAGUCGAAGUCCGAGCUGGUGGAGCUCCUCAGCGGCAAGUCGAAGGAGGAGCUGCUGGAGAUCCUCGAGAAGACAGACGACGAGACAGCGGUGCCGGUGGUCUCGUCCGACUACGCCUUCAUGGGCCAGGACGACGCGGACACCAUGCCGAUGCUGGUCCUUAGGGAUCGGCGCUCGAAGAUGAUGGCGGCGACAUUCGUGGAGAAGAAGGGCGACGACGCCUACGCCAUCAAGUUCUUCGCACGCUUCUUGCGGAUCCUGGGCUACAGGAAGAUCGUCAACAAGUCCGACGGCGAGCCGGCGAUCCUGCUGGUCAAGAGGCGCGCGGUGGAGGAGGUUCCUGGCCUCGAGGCCAUUCCCCAGGAGUCGGCACCGGCCGAUCAUCAGGCCAAUGGGGAGAUUGAGGUCACGGUGCGCGAGAUCAAGAAGCAGGUGCGGGCGCUCAAGAUGGACCUGGAGUCCAAGCUGGGCGUCAAGGUGGAGGACAAGCACCCGGUGCUAGCGCACCUGCCGGAGCACGCCGCAUCGGUAAUCAACCGAUACCGGCGCGGCCAGGACGGCAAGACCGCUCUUCAGCGGCUCACGGGACGGCAGUGGAGGAAGCCGGUCCCGCUCUUCGGCGAACGCUUGAUGGCGCGGUUCGCCGGGGAGCGCGCGAGGAAGAACGCGCUGGAGGAGCAGAUGGUGGAGGCUCGCUACGUCGGCCACCACCCGCGCGACGGCUCGAUGAUGGUCAUCACGAGCGACGGCGUGAAGAAGGCGGUCGGCUUUCGCAGCCUGCCGCAGAGCGAGAAGUGGAUCACGGCGGGCUGGGAUGGCCUGAAGGGCCUGCCGUGGGACGUGGCUCCGCGUGCGGCAAGCGCGCCGCGGGCCAUCGUCGGACCUGGAGAGGUCGGUCCGCCACCAAUUGUGGUGGUGUCGCCGCAGCCGCAGGCGCCGAGGAGGAUGUACGUCCUCAAGGCGGACAUCGAGCGGCUGGGCGCAACGCCGGGAUGCCCAGGGUGCAUCUCGAUCGCUCGGCACGGCCGGGUGCUGGCUGGCCACGCGCACAACGCGGUGCGCAGCAAGAGGAUCUUCGAAGCGCUGGACGCGGAGGAGGCAGGCCGGGAGAGGACCGGCCAGUAUCGAGAGCGGAGGCAGGGCCAAGAGGCCAGAGUCCGACCAGCGGCAUCGGCCGCGGCAGGGACCCCUCCGCCGAAGACGGCUCGGAGGACCACCGAGUCGGCGGCAGCGGCGGCAGCGGCAUCGGCCGCGUCGGCCGCGACCCGCUCGGCAGCAGCGCCAGCCGUGGUAUCCACGGCGGCGCGCUUGCGCGAGAGCCAGCCGGUAGCGCCGGGCUUCGGCGUGGCGGCUCCUUCAGGAGGAGCGAGCUCCGGUUCGGGAGCGGCGCGAGCGGCAGAGGCCGCCGCGGAUGUCGACAUGACCGCGGCCAGGUCGCGGCUGAAGCGCUUGGCAGAGGUGGCCCCGGAUGACGUGCCGGAGGCCCUCGAGCGCGGUGAUCCACAGCCGGCAGACGUGCCGGUACCGGUGGACAUGGAGGAUCUCGCGGCGCAGCCGGCGCCAGCGGAAGGACCUCAGCUGCCAGAUGGAGUGGCAGUCGUGUGGAACGCCAGUGAGGGGAGGCACAUGCGGGUGUUCCACCUCGAUGUGGCGUCGAUCGAGCUGGUUGAGCUCGGAGUGCUGACGAGAGCGAAAGCGGAAUUACUCCCGCUCGUUCGUGAACAGGUCAGUGGCCAUUGGGCCAGCGCCGGCGUGGACAUCGCCGACGAGGAGGUGGACAGCAUCGCCCUAUCGGCGUUGCAGCUGGGCGCCGUGGACGUGGCCGAGGUGCAUUCGCCGCAUCGGUUCUCGGCUCGGGCAGCGGAAUUUCAGCUGCGCCCGGGUUUCGCGGCGGACCUGGAGGAACUCAAGGAGGACGGGACGCCGUGGGACUUGCGGCGCCCCGAAGAUGUCAAGGAGCUCGAGAAGCAGCAGGAGCGGAUGGAUCCCAUCCUGCUCACGGGGUCCCCUCCAUGCGAGAAGUUCAGCUCGCUGAGGGUCCUGAGCGCCAAGUUCAGGACCGAGGAGCAGGAGGCGGCUGAGAUGGAGGAGGCCAGACACCACCUGAAGGUGGCAGUCGACGCCUACUGGCGUCAGCUCAGGAAGCCAGGUAGGUACUUCCUGCAUGAGCAUCCCUGGAGCGCGCGAUCGUGGAAUGAGGACAUCGUCAAGGAGCUGGUCGCGCAUCCAGGAGUCUUCACGGUCAAAGGCCCCAUGUGUCGGUGGGGCAUGAAGCUCACGAACCCCCGCAAUGGCCAGGAGGAGUUCGUGCGCAAGGAGACCGGAUGGGUCACCAACCAUCCAGGCCUAGCCCGGAGGCUGCAGGGCACUUGCAGCAAUGUGGACGGCCGCACGGAAUGGCACCGCCACGUCGCGCUCGUGGGCGGCAUCGCGCGGUUCGCGAAGGUCUAUCCACCGAAGUUGGUGGAGGCGGUGCUGGAGGAGCUCAAGGACACGCUGAAGGACGUGGGAGAGCUCAGCACCGCCCAGGUGCAGCAGUCGGGCCCAGCCCCUGUGGAUGCGGCAGUGCCGCCCGGGGACUGGACGAGCUACUGGGACGACGUCAACGGCGGCUACCUGGAGGCGGGCCUUGUGGCCCAGGCUCGCGCGGUCGAGCGCGAGUGGGUCAAGAAGCAGGAGCUGAUCGAGAUCGUCCCGAGGUCUCAGGCUUUCGCCGAGACUGGGCGUCCGCCCAUCCCACUCAAGUGGGUCGAUACGAACAAGGGCGACGCGGAGAGGCCCAACUACAGGAGCAGGCUCGUCGUGAAGGAGAUCAAGGCGAAGAAGCGCCCUGACGAGCAGCUGGAGGCGUCCGAGGUCUUCUCGGCCAUGCCUCCUCUGGAGGCCAUGCGGUCGCUGGUCUCGCUGAUGGUCACGUGGACGCGGGAACCACCGCUCCACAUUCAGGAGUCGCUUCGCAAGAAGGGCAGGAAGCCGGGCAACUUCAAGAUCGGCUUCUUCGACAUCAGCAGGGCGCACUUCUACGGGAAGGCGCAGCGGAGGAUCUUCGUGGAGCUGGAGGAGGAGAGUCGCAAGGAGUACGGCGAGGACAAGUGCGGCCUACUCCUCAAGUCCUGGUACGGCACGCAGGACGCCAGCAAGAUCUGGCAGGGCGACUACACGGAGCUGCUGGAGGAAAACGGCGACAAGGCGGGCGUGUCGUGCCCAGCGGUCUUCUACAAGGAGGUGGACGAGACGAGGCUGCUGGGGCACGGCGACGACUUCGCGGUGCUGGCUCAGCAGCAGGACAUCGACAGCUUCGAGGCCACGCUGGGCAAGAAGUACGAGUUCAAGAAGACUGCGAACCUAGGCUUCGACGAGGGCGAUGACAAGCAGGCGGUCUUCCUGAACCGGGUCAUCGAGGUCAGUGCGGGAGUUCCGCCUGGCGGUGGCCGGCCCUGCCGGCAUGCGAUGAUCGAGCCGGAUAAGCGGCACGCGGAGAUCGUGAUCGACGAGUUGGGUCUCAGCAAGGCCAAUGGCGUGGAUACGCCGAUGGAGAAGCGCAGCGCUGACAAGCAGAUGAUGGAUGCGAAGUCGGCGGCGUUGGGAGCAGCGGAGGCUUCGCGCUUCCGAUCCCUCACCAUGAGGGUGGCCUACCUGUCUCAGGACAGGCUGGACUUGGCUGAGGCAUCGAAGACACUCGCCAGGUCCAUGCAGACGCCAACGGAGGCGAGUUGGCUCAUGCUCAAGAGGGUUGGCCGCUACCUCAAGCGGCAUCCUAGCACGGUGACGGUUUUCACGGAGCAGAAGAUGUUCGACAAGAUCCGGGUGUACGUGGGCGACCUCUCGAUCGCUGCAGUUCCUGGCAAGAACAAUGUCGCGGACGUGCUGACCAAGAGCGUGG